UCUGUUCAUGUAAGAGUACAACUGUAAAUGCCAUGUUUUGUUCUGUGUAUUAAUUGUUUUUGUGUUAGAAAAAGUAGGAACUCAAGACCAUGAUGAGAUCCACAAUCUCAUGUCUCGAAUGGUCAGAAAGGUGCCAACAAAUUUUUACUGGACAGUAAAGACAAGAUCCAAUCAUGCCGAGACAACCUCAAAGAAGCUGAUAACCAGUCAUUUUGAAAAGUCUGGAGCCAUUACUACCAAGGCGGGCUUGUGUAACAGCUUGAGAAAUCUGCAUUGGUUUGAUGCGGCUGAUCCAGACAUAUUCUUUCCAAGAUGCUACAACCUUGAAACUGAAAAUGAGAAGCGAGCAUUCAUUGAGGACUUCAGGAAAACAGCUUGUGUCAGCCUCCUUCAGUUUAUUGUGGAGAGGGAAAAUGAAAAUGGCCAAAAGAAUGGAUCAAUUGUUCACCAAGCCCGGACAAAGAUCCCUUCCAAAGUGAUUGACACUGCUUUAAAGGUGUGCCAGGACGUCUUGGACACUUAUGAACAUAAGGACAUUGACAACGUCUAUGAUUUUACAUUGACCGAGGAGCAGUGGUCCGAGUUUCUUCACAACUACUACCUGGCUGUCCAGAAAGGGGCUAAAAUCGAGGACAGUGCACAUUACAUGGAAAGCUGUCAGGCCAUGUUGGAUAGGCUACGCGAGUUCAGUCCACAGCUGAAAAUCGACGGGACCCAAAACCUGUGGAUUAUCAAACCAGCAGCUAUGUCUCGUGGAAGAGGCAUCAUGUGCAGUAAACAACUGGAUGAGAUCUUGAAAAUGGUGCAUAAUAAGAAAGAAAGUAACAGACUUGUAGUGCAAAAAUAUAUAGAGCGCCCGCUUCUAAUCCAUGGCACCAAGUUUGACAUACGCCAGUGGUUCCUGGUGACUAACUGGAACCCUCUUACAGUGUGGUUCUAUAACAACUGCUACCUGCGUUUCUCCACCCAGCCCUAUUCACUGGACAAACUUGACAGAUCAGUACACCUGUGCAAUAAUUCCAUCCAGAAGCACUUUAAUCCCUCUGAGCUGCUCCACCCUGAGAUUCCUAAGGAAAGCAUGUGGUGUUGUCACCAGUUUCAAUCAUUUUUGUCAAGUCAGGGCAAGGCAGACCAAUGGAGGAGCACAGUAAUUCCAGGCAUGAAAAAUGCAAUCAUUCAUGCACUGAAGACGGCUCAGGAUCAGGUGCAAGCCAGGAACGGGAGUUUUGAGUUGUACGGGGCCGACUUCAUGCUUGGAGAGGACCUGUGCCCCUGGCUCAUUGAGAUUAAUUCCAGUCCAGCCAUGGAUCCAUCUACCUCUGUUACGGCCAAGCUUUGUGCAGAAGUGCUGGAGGACACGCUACGUGUUGUACUGGACCGAAAGGAAAACAAAAGAGCUCACACUGGAGCAUUUGAGCUUAUACACAAACAGGAUGAAAUUAAAAUGCCACUAUACCGUGGAAUCAACAUCCUCAUUAACGGUGCUGGUAUAAAGCAACCUUCCCCUCCCCUCAAGAAACCAUCAAGCAUGGCUAAGCAUAACUUGUCUCCAUCAAGAAAUAUCACUCAGGUCCAGAAAGGGAUGAAAAGUGAAAGUGCUGAAGAGAGGGCCAGCUUUCUGCCGAAACAACGCAAUAAGGUGCCAGUUAAGCAAACAACUAAAAUUUACCAGAAACCAGCAUCUGAUUUCACUGUUUCACCAGUGAAGAUGUGUGCCAACCCUGUUUAUGGGCGGAGAUUAAAGCCUCAUGUGCCUACCACUCUCAGAGAGCAACUUUUGGUGGAGGAAAAUACAGCAGCAGUCAAAAUUCCCAGCCCUCCACCUAAACGCUGCGUGACUGAGCCUCGCUUAACAUCAUCACUGACCUCAUCACUGACUGUCACUCAGCUCCAUCAGGAAAAAGGUGCUGCAGUCAAGAUGACUGGCCUUUCAUCCGAACACUGCAUGAACAAGGUGGUUCAUCAAGCAACCUCAAGUGACAAUAAAACAGAAUCUGAACGCAGUGUUUUGCCAGCAAAGUUUUGUGGAGCUCAGAGUACCGUCCCUAAUGCUUAUAGAAGAAGAUUAAAGCAUCAAGUGCCUCUGAGACAGCAUCAGUCAGGUGCAGGCAAAAUACCCUGCCCUCCACCUAAACGCUGCUUGCUUGAACUUCCCUCAACUACAUCAAGGACUGACACCCUUAGACAGUACCAUUCAGGUAUCCAACAUUUGACUGCUGCCAUAAUACCCUGCCCUCCACCUAAAUGCUGCAACAGGAUGCUGAAUGAAAAAGCAACCAUCAGCUACAUAAAUACUGCAUCCUGGAUGUCUGAGAGUAAGACUGUACUAAAAGGCCAUAAGACCUGAAUACAGCAAAAAAAAAAGAGUGCCUUCAUCAUGUGGCAAGAGAAGCUGGCUCCUCUUCUUGUUCCUCAGCCUUUGUCCCGUUUUUCGGUUACGGGGUCGGCAUUUCCGGCUUCUUCCCGUUAGGGGUCGCGGGGGGGAUUUGGCACCCUCCCUCUUUAUCCGGGCUUGGGACCGGCACUACAAUGCACUGCUCUGUGCAUCCCAGCGGCUAGGUAACUAUGGGACAAUACAGUGUCUCCAAUUAGCCUAGUGGUAUGUCUUUGGACUGUGAGAGGAAACCGGAGCACCCGGAGGUAACCCACGCAGACACGGGGAGAACAUGCAAACUCCGCACAGAAAGGACCCGGACCGCCCCACCCGGGGAUUGAACCCAGGACCUUCUCACUGUGAGGUGACAGUGCCACCCACUUAGCCACCGUGCCGCCCCAACAGAAGCUGGCUCCAACGUCAAUAAAAAAGAAAUACCUGAAAACGGCCUUAGAAAAUGGACACUAACCACGCAAGACAGCAGAGGAUGGCUGGCAGGAAGAAGAAGAAGAAACAGGGGUGCUACGUGGAAAGAACAAGAUCUCAUCAAUAUAACAUCAAUAAAAUAACAACAAAUUACUGUACAUACCAACAAUUAAUAAAUGAUAUAAUUUAUUUUCACUGAGUGGUCAAUUGUGGCCAAUGUUGUGACAGGAUUACACCUAGAACAGGGCAACAACUUAACACUGGCACCACUUCUAUACUUGUAUUUAUUACAUGAACGUAGAAGGAAUUUAGAGCAAUCUGUCCACUACAUGCAUGUUUUUGGUAUCAUUCAUCAUGUGGCAACAGAAGCCGGCCAACAUCAAUAAAAAAAACCUGAAAACGACCUUAGAAAAUGGACACAAACCACGCAAGACAGCAGAGGAUGGCUGGCAGGAAGAGGAAGACGAAACAGGUGCUACGAUGAAUGAACAUCAUCAAUAUAACAUCAAUAAAUUAAUAACAAAUUAUUGUAUAUACCAUAAAUAGCCAGUGAUAGCUCAGUGGUUAAGGUACUGGACUAGUAAACAGAAGGUUGCCGGUUCAAGCCCCGCCACCACCAAGUUGCCACUGUUGGGUCCCUGAGCAAGGCCCUUAACCCUCAAUUGCUCAUCGUGUUCAGCUCAUUGUGUAAGUCGCUUUGGAUAAAAGCGUCUGCUAAAUGCUGAAAAUGUAAGAAAAUGUAAAUGUAAUGUAUAAAUAAAUGAUAUAAAUUAUU